GCAACACAAGGACGCUACAGAUCGUCUCCAGUUUUUUCAUUUGGAAUUCGCCCGCCUGCUGCCGAUCCGGAUAGUGAUCCCCACGCCUGUGGGCCUGAGCACAAGUCUUAGUGCGCAGUGAUGCAUCUGGAAUCGACCUCCAGUGGGUUGGAUACGACGUCAAAACUGCUGACAACCGCAGGGUCAAGUCAUUAGCUUCCCCAGGCGGUUCAACUCUGACUACCGACGGACUGAAGUACGGCCGAGACAUGAUAAUUAGAGUUUACGACCCCAGCCCAUCUGCCUGUAAAUCGACGUCUUAUUAAACACACAUCAAAACCACAUUUGCGUGAAGCAGAGCUAGGAUCGGAGAGGUGCCCUCAAGCUACAAAGACUUUUCAAGUUACAAGUUGCCAUCAUGUCCCUGGAACUUCACCACCUGCACCUUUCCCAGUCGGAGAGGGUCGUCUGGCUGCUGGAGGAGCUCAAAGUGCCAUACACACUGCAUGUCCACGACAGAGACCCCAUCACCGGCCUGGCGCCGAAGCAGAUCAAGGACAUCAACCCCUUCGGCACGGCACCCUACUUCCGGGACACGACCGUCUCGCCGCCGGUGAGCCUGUCCGAGUCGGGCGCCAUCGUGGAGUACAUCCUCACGGCGCACGGCGGCAACACGGCGCCGGGCAGCAGCAGCGGGGUGCCGCGGCUGAUCCGGACGCCCGGCGACAGCGACUACGGCGAGUACCUGCAGUGGCUGCACUUUGCCAACGGGUCGCUCCAGCCGUCCGUCUCGCGGACCAUGACGUUCCUGCUGGCCGGCAUGCCGCAGGACAGCCCCAUCGUGCAGGUGUUCAACCGGCGCACCGAGGCGGCGCUGGGGCUCGUGGACGCGAGGCUCGCGGGCUCCAGGUUCCUGGCGGGCGAGGAGCUCAGCGCCGCCGACAUCAUGACCGUCUGCUCGCUGACCACGCUGCGCGGGUUCGCCCCGACGGUGGACCUGGGCCCGCACCAGAACAUCCUCAGGUACCUCAAGGACGUGGCCGCGAGGCCGGCGUACCUGGAGGCGCUGAGGAAGGGCGACUAUGGCAUGGAGCCGAUGAUCCAGCCCAGGGUGAAGGGGUUCAGCCAGUUUGAGGCCUUUAGGGGUGCCUUGGAGAAAUUCAACUAGAGCUGGAUGAUGAGACGGUAUCAUGUGUAUGAUGGCUUUGAUCAGCAUCAAGUGUACCACGUGAAAAAGUCACAUGUAAAACACAGUCAUGGAAUACCUACUGCUGUGCACUACCUUGCUGCUGCUGGUGGCUCUUCUACAGUUCAUUACUACUUGAGUAUCUGGGAACGGUGAUGAGGGCAUAUGCUCGUGGUCUACUCCGUAUGUAUGACUAGCUUACUGACCUGGGUGCUUUGCCAGGGUGGCAGACGGAGAAAUAGAGCUGCGGCAGGGAGUAACAAUUCAGGUAAAAAUAUAACGGCAGAAGUCCUCGUGCAGACGAGUACCCAAGUACCCAAGGGCUGGUUUGGUCACAGGAUGUGGAACCCGGAACUGCAAGGCAAAGAUCAAAAGCAG